CGUGGAGUUCUGCCAUUUCAGUGCCAGCCAGCGUCACCUGGGAUGUUCUCGUUUCGAUACUCCUUUUUCCCUCCUUUCCAAGAGUUCUUCAAGUGCGGGGAAUAAAAAGCGAGAAGUCGCGGACUUUGUGAAAGAUCGGUGACAGAACGAUCACGUCUUAGACGCGAUCAGUUCGUCGAUGUUCUUAAAGUCAACGCUUUCCCGUUGUUUUCACAAUAAACAACGAGAACAUUUGCGACAACAAAUUAGCUAGAGAUUCGCCUUAGACGCGAUAGUUCCAUGCAACAAGUAUUUCAUUGGGAAAGUGCGUUUCAAGCAUUCUCUGUGUACAAUCAAAGGUUGCGUCCCGAAACAUGAUAGUUUCUUGAUGCGGGAGGAAGAAGUAGAGAGAACCGAGGGUGCUACUGAUACUUCGAGGAAGAAACCGUAAAAGCGUGUACCUGAUCACUGUGCAAGAAGUUCGACGGUGAUUUUUGAGACAAUUUCUCGAGGAGAUUCAGUGAUCGUUCGAUUGCGAAUAGAUAGAUUUGUUCAAAGAUAGAUCGAUACAAUUUUUCCACGCCUGGCGUACAUAAUCAAACAUAGAAGAGAUGAGACCACCCGCGUACAACGGUGAUGAUGUGCAACAGAUUUCUCCGGAGCAAGGGGAGAGGAACGUGGCCAUGGCUGUUUGCGUUCAGUUGGCUGGCCGGGCGAUAAUUAGGGUAGUUUCCCGGUGCGAAGAGGCACAAGACAAUUGUAAUCUAGAUCUAUCAGAAUGCCAAUUGAUGCAAGUACCUGAUGCAGUUUAUCAUUUAAUGAGACAUACAGAAUUAAAAAGAUGUAACUUGUCAGGAAAUGUGAUAACAAAAAUUCCACCAAAAUUUGCAGUUAAAUUCUCACUGAUCACUGAAUUGAACCUGAGUCAUAAUCAAAUGAGUAAGUUACCAGAAGAACUUGCUGAAUUGCAAGCUUUAGAAAGGUUGGAUAUUUCGCAUAAUACGUUCAUUGCAUUGCCACCCGUUACAUGUCGGAUACCGCAACUGAAACGGCUCCUUGCCAAUAACAAUUCAAUCAUUGAUAUAGAUGUCGAAAGACUUAGGCACGCUCCCGCGUUGGAAUUUAUCGAUCUUCAAGCCAAUCCCCUAACGGCUAGGAUGCAUGAUCUUCUCGGUACUUUGACUCGAAUUAAAAUCGAACUGACCCCUCGACAAGUCGAAGAAUGGGAGGAUCUUACUAUUUGAAGUAAAACCAUAGCUCAAAGAAAACAAUAAAAUCUGCCAAAGCAGUUGAUCGUCGAAUAAUCGUCCCACAUGGACGUAGUUUGCUUCCAUUACUAUUGACUGAGAUUGUUCGAAAGUUCGCAAACCGGUCGUUACGCGAAUUUAGAACAAGAGCAAGUAUUUUGUACAGUGAUGAAAAAAAAACACAUAUGACUGACCGACAACAGGUGUGAUGAUAUGCGGCAAGAAUCAUCAGGAAAUGGAACUUUCUCUAGUUGAUGUUUUUCACAAUCUGUACUUAAGGAUAGAUUUGCCGCGUACCUGGAACUUUCUUCAUUGAUCUCGUGGAUAGCGAUUGAUUGUCACUUCUUUUACUCUCGUUUUGUACCGUGUGGAUUUUUUUAGAUAUUCUGCUGCUCGCUCAUUUGGCCUGCGCAAAUGCUGUGAUUAAUGUAUAUGUAACAUCGCGAGCUGCCGAUUCAAUUUACUACCAUAUUUUUACUAACUCCAAAUAAAUAUCCUGUACAUUUAAGAUACGUUUUAUUAUUUUUUACGCGUGGAUUUGCGACAUAUUCGACAUAAUCAAACGACUGCCAAUAUACAGGCGAAAUCUAUUGUUGAUAUUUUCGCUAUAAAUCGAUCGAUCACUUUGAUUUUAUAAAAUAUUGAAGAG